GAUACUAGGAAUACUACAGUGACAGGGGUUGAGAUGUUUCAGAAGAUUUUGGAUGAAGCAAUGGCAGGAGAUAAUGUGGGGUUGUUGUUGAGAGGUAUUCAGAAGAUUGAUAUUCAGAGAGGGAUGGUGUUGGCGAAACCCGGAACGAUUACUCCGCACACAAAGUUUGAAGCUUUGGUGUAUGUGUUGAAGAAGGAAGAGGGGGGCAGGCAUUCUCCGUUUUUCGCGGGUUAUAGGCCUCAGUUUUACAUGAGGACAACUGAUGUGACUGGAAAGGUUACCGCGAUUAUGAGUGACAAAGGAGAGGAAUCUAAGAUGGUCAUGCCUGGCGAUCGUGUAAACAUGGUGGUUGAGCUUAUUAUGCCUGUUGCCUGUGAGCAAGGGAUGCGGUUUGCUAUCAGGGAAGGAGGAAAGACUGUUGGAGCUGGUGUUAUUCAGAAAAUCUUAGAAUGAUGAACUUGCAGCUGAGCUUCUCUUUUCGCAUGAUCGGCACUUUCCAUUGAAGUUACUUAAUCCAUUGUCAUAUAUGCAACUUCUUGGUUACUUUUAUUAUGUCUUAGAAUCUUACUUUAGUAGAAGUAUCCUGUUUUAAACACCAAAUUCUACUGAACUUUUGGGAUUUUUCCUCAGUCUCCUCUUUCACUUUUCCUUUGCUUGAAAGGAAUGAGAACAUUUGAUUUCAUGCACUUUUUUUAAUUUAAAACAAAUGUUCAACUCUGUUUGAAA